UCUGUCCCUAAGAAAGGAGACAGCAUAUUAGCUAGAGCAGUAAUAAUCAAGAUAUUUAAGUUGAGAGUGCAAAGUGAUUAACAAGAACGGCAACAAUGGUGGGAGCUGGUGCGAAAGCAGGGUGGAGGAAAGGGCCAUGGACGCCCGAGGAAGACAAGCUUCUUGGCGAUUAUGUUAGCUUGCAUGGUGAAGGAAGAUGGAGCUGUGUGGCUAGAUGUGCAGGUUUGAAUAGGAAUGGGAAGAGUUGUAGGCUAAGGUGGGUGAACUACUUGAGGCCAGGGCUAAAGAGAGGCCAUAUAACACCACAGGAGGAAGGCAUCAUUAUUGAAUUGCAUGCUUUAUGGGGUAACAAAUGGUCAACUAUAGCAAGAUACUUGCCAGGAAGAACAGACAAUGAGAUAAAGAACUACUGGAGAACUCAUUUCAAGAAGAAACCUGCAACUGGGAAGACUGGCAGCGAAAAGCAAGAUAGGAGAAAGAAGCUCAGAAAGAUAAAUGAAGAGCAAGAAAACGACACCAAACCACAAGAGACGAUGACUAAUGAUUCUUCGUGCAUCACCGCCGCCACCGCAGCACCGAUGGACUGCGUCUGCGUGGAAGAUAAUAACCACCUGGGCGGCACGUCAGCCAACACUACUACUACGUUGUAUCAUCAAAACAUAGACGACAUUGAAUCCUGGGUAGACAGCUUUGCCAUGGAUGGUUUGUGGGGAGGGGAAUUAUGGAACCUAGACGAUGACUACUGUUUGCAUGAUCCUGCAGUGAUUCAAAAUCCUUGUGGUUAUGGAACUGAUCAUGCCGUUAACCUCUGGAAUGGAGGCUUUAUUUUCUGAGAAAUUCAAUAAUUACAUACGUACUAGAUUUGGUUUAAUUUUGUUUUAUUUGAGUAAAUUAUUCCGUAUGCAUGAAUGCAUGCAUGUCUUGUAUUAUUAAAUCUUGUAGUUAUGAUCGAGUUCUUUUUAAGAAUAAAUACUUUAAUAAUCAACUCCAAUUUUUAUAUA